GUCACCAAUCGAGCUGCAUCAUUUGGUAGGGAGAGCCUAGAAGGAGGAGAAGAGCAUAUACCUACCUUUGUCUGUCUGGCCAACCAAGGAGGGAGGGAGGAUGCAGAGGUAUACCACUAGGGACAUAUGGGAGAUGGAGGACCGCCAGAGCCCGCGCAUGGGGUGCAGCGUCGUCCUCGGCGUUGACGGCGGCGCCAGCAACACCGUCUGCGUCUGCAUACCGGCCGCCAUGCCCUUCGCCGACCCGCUCCCCGUCCUCGCCCGCGCCGUCGCCGGAUGCUCCAACCAGAACUCCGUAGGAGAGGACAAGGCGAGGGAGACGCUGGAGCGAGUGAUGGCGCAGGCUCUCCACAAGGCUCGCCGGAGACGAUCAAACGUGUGCGCGGUCUGCUUGGCCGUAGCCGGCGUCAACCACCCCAUCGACCAGCACAGAAUGCUGGACUGGCUCAGGGAGAUUUUUCCGAGCCAUGUGAAGCUGUUCGUGGAGAACGACGCGGUGGCGGCACUGGCCAGCGGCACCAUGGGCAAGCUCCACGGCUGCGUGCUCAUCGCAGGGACAGGAACAAUAGCCUACGGUUUCACCAGUGACGGCAGGGAAGCUCGGGCAGCUGGUGCAGGGCCGGUGCUAGGUGACUGGGGAAGUGGCUAUGGGAUUUCAGCACAGGCAUUGACAGCAGUUGUGAGGGCCUAUGAUGGCAGGGGUCCUGAAACAGUACUCACAAACAACAUCCUUGACUUCCUUGGACUCGCAUCGCCGGAUGAACUGAUAGGUUGGACAUACGAAGAUCAAUCUUGGGCGCGCAUUGCUGACAUUCUCCCUGUUGUGGUAGAAUCUGCCGAAGCCGGCGAUGAAGUAGCAAACAAGAUCUUGCACAAUUCAGUUGGUGAACUAGCUUCCAGUGUCAAGGCUGUAGUGCAGAGACUUGCGCUUAGUGGGGAAGAUGGAAAAGAUCUAUUUCCGCUUGUUAUGGUCGGUAAAGUUCUUGAGGCAAACCAGAGGUGGGACAUUGGUAAGGAAGUGAUAAGUUGUGUUACCAAGACAUAUCCAGGGGCAUAUCCAAUACAUCCCGAGGUGGAACCAGCUGUUGGUGCAGCAUUACUAGCAUGGAAUGCUAUAGCAAGUGAAUUGGAUGGUGAUCUUAGGGCUGCUGCUUAAAGUGCUCAGCACUUAUUUUUCCUACCACAUUCAUGUAAAUUAUGUUUGUGUCACACUAUCACCUAGUGUUUUGCAUUUGUUGUAGCAAGUUAUUUUGAAUGUGUUGUAAUGUCUUCAAGAAGGUUUAUAUCACAAAUAUGUGAAAAGGGAAAGAAAGAAUACUAGUUUAGCUGAAAGUUUUUUCGACAGAAAAGGUGCAAUAAAAAAAAGAAAUGAAGAUGCUUA